CAGCUCAAUCUGAAAGGACAAGAAAAAUUAUAAUUAGCAUAAAAUUCAACAGGGGGUAACAAGACAUUGUGACCACCCUGUACAUAUACAUAAUACAUAGGCGCCUAAUCUGUCCAUGUCAGGGCGUCUUUCUGGGGAAACUCCUUCUAGACGGAUGAACGGAAUUCCAUAAGUGAGAUAUCAAUAGAAAGCUGAUAACCUGGAGACAGUUCUUCUUGGAUCAAUAGUCAAAAAUAUAUUUCCAUUUUCAUGUAAUAAGGCCAAAUUUCGACGAUAAGAAUAGCAUUGUAUUGAAUGCCUUCUCGGGCGAAGUGCUCACAACCAACAAUGAGACUACGAAGCAUUAUCGGCUAUGGAUGUUGUUGCUGUGGCAAAUGCGGACAAUGAUCUUUAUGUGCCUUUGUUUCGUUGCUCGUCAGUCCCGUCGCUGGUUUGCAACAGUGUUUCACGUAUGUCUGCAGCAUUUGGUUAGUGCUGUAUAUUAUAAUUUUGAAUGCUGGUAUUGUUCUCAAAAUGCCAGAAAAAAGGGGAGAAUUUUGAACUAUUAUGAGGAGUUAUCUACUGAACGCGCAAAAAAAUGCCAAGCGCCUUAUUGGACGGAAGUUUGAUGACGCUUCAGUACUGAGUGACAUGAAACAUUGGCCCUUCACCGUCGUCAAUGAUAAUGGGAAACCCAAGAUUCAAGUUUCAUAUAAGGGGGAGAUGAAAACUUUCUCCCCUGAGGAGAUAAGCUCUAUGGUGCUAACAAAGAUGAAGGAGACCGCCGAGGAAUAUCUAGGGAAAACAGUGACGGAUGCUGUCGUGACAGUGCCUGCCUACUUCAAUAACUCUCAGCGACAGGCUACCAAAGAUGCGGGCAGAAUUGCGGGCUUGAACGUCCUACACAUUAUGAACGAGCCCACUGCCGCUGCCAUUGCUUAUGGUCUGAACAAUAAAGUUAGAUCAGGAAGCAAUGUUCUCAUCUUUGAUGUUGGUGGUGGCACAUUUGAUGUCUCAAUCCUUCUAAUUAAAAAUAAGAACUUCGAAGUGAAGUCCACCGGUGGUAAUACUCACCUGGGUGGUGAAGAUUUCAAUAACCGCAUGGUGGACCACUUCGUGGAGGUAAUCUGCGAUAAAUGGAUAGAGUCGGGAUUGACUUCUAUCAGCUGUUUUGUUCUAAUACCAGAUGAAGGAAAAAAAGAUGUUGCUCUUUGA